AUGAUCCGUAUACAAAACAUGUCCAGUACUGUAAAUCUAGGCACACGGCUGGAUUUAAAGAAAAUCGCGCUCAAAUGCCGCAACACAGAAUUCAACCCCCGUCGCUUUGGUGCCGUAAUCAUGCGAUUACGUGAACCCCGUGCUACCGCUCUGAUUUUUUCCAGCGGUAAAAUGUGCGUGACCGGAGUCAAGAGCACACACAACGCCAAUCUGGCGGCGAAAAAGUUUGCCUACAUUGUGGAGCGCGUCGGCUUCAAACCGAAAGAAAAUAUUGAUUUCAAGGUCCAGAACAUUGUUGGGACCGCCGACGUAGGCUUUCCAAUCCGGCUGGAAGGACUGGUAUACGCGCAUUCCGCCUUUGCCAGUUACGAGCCAGAGCUAUUUCCUGGGUUGAUUUAUCGAUUUGUCAAUCCACGAGUGGUGUUUUUGAUAUUCGUGAGCGGAAAGAUAGUCAUUACUGGUGCCAAGAAGGAAAUGGACCUGGCGCACGCUUUGACAAAACUCUUUCCUGUUUUAAUGGAAUUCAAAAAGACACAUAUAACUACGGUACCCGGGGUUCCAGCAGCAUCACUUCCCCCGACAGGUAAAACCGUGGACACAGAAUCUGUAUAG